AUGAAGAACGCCCUUGCGCUUAAGUAUCUCGCUGAGAGCCUUGUGCUCCCGAUGGUGGAUAUCGACAAGGGUCUGGAGAGCAGCUAUCUCAUCCCGAGACCGAUCAACACUCCCACGAGCUACCCUUAUCUCGUCACGCAGAGACGUCAGAGCUCUCUCGUUCUAAAGCUGAGCAAAGGCAAACUCAGCUCGAUGCUUCAAGGCAGUGUCCGCCAGUUGGAGACGCCUGUCCCGCACAUGUUCGAGAUCUCCGCGUAA